AUGGCUAGAAAAAAUGACGCAAAAGAGCAGGAUCUACGAUAUCGAUCCUUUAAUAUCGCGGCAUUGAUAGAACGAGCUCUCAAAGCCAAGAGGGAACGUGCUUAUGGUCUAACAUGUGUUAAAAUUCUCAAACUUCUAGAAGGCGAUCACAACAAAGUCCUUCUCUUGACAAUGAGUGAUGGAGAUGAGCUUAUUGCAAGAUUACCGAAUCCAAUUGCUGGCAGCAAUUGGUUCACCGUGUCAUCAGAAGUAGCCACUCGGCGAUUCGUGGAGAAUAUCUGCAAUGUACCGAUGCCUAAAGUCUGGGACUGGGAUUUUCGCGACCGCAAUACCGUCGGCGCUGAAUGGAUUAUUGAAUCCAAGGCUGCUGGAGAGCCACUUCGUAAAAGCUGGUUUAAUAUGAGCCGCCAAGCUCAGUUGGGUAUCAUCGAACAAGUGGUUGACUUAGAGACCAAGCUAGCGUCCCUGAAAUUUUCGAGUCACGGAAGUAUCUACUUGGAACGCUGGCUAUACGCCAAGAAAUUGCUUUGUAGGAGAAUGGCCUCCCCGAAAGUAAUCGUGAACAGAGAUGAAGCAUCCGCAUUGAUGUCUGAACGAUUCUACAAACAGUUUGUCAUCGGACCUUCGACGGAUCGAAGAUUGUAUCGUGGUCCUGGGGAUCUUUCGAAACAAUUCCGAGGUCCUUUCACGGACCUCUUUCACUACGCUAGUAUUCUAUCAAGAAACGAAAGAAGAUACAUCCUGAACAAUCCGUGGGCGAAGGCGGACUAUAUCACAUCAACGCAGGAUAAGCAAGACCAGAGCGAAUAUAUGGAACUGAUUUACAAAUACUCCGCUUUGCAGGAGCAACUCAUCCGGCCAGAAUUUAACAACGACCCGUGUACACUCUCCCAUCCGAACCUCAGUCUGGACAACAUAUGGAUCGAUCCAAGAACAGAAAAGAUAGUUUCUUUGACAGGAUGGCAAUCCACAGCUAUAACGCCACCAUUACUAAAACGUCCAUAUCCCAGAUUCCUUGAUACGGAAUUUCAAACACAAUCGGGCGACCGAUCCCAAAUAUUGCCGAAAGAACGGUAUCGCGAACUCGUCAAGAUAUCAGAGCCUCUCCGCUACGACCGCAUAUUCAGCAAUCCACAAAAAUACGAACUUCUCGUGGGUCCAAUGUCCAGUAUAUUUAACACAUGGAACAAUAGCGGCAUUUUCCGUUUGCGAGAAUCUCUUCUUGCGGUUCGCAACUUGCAGCAGCUUGUUCUUGCCAAUCCCGUACCGGAACUAGAGCAGUUCAGUUCAGCGGAACUAGAGAGCCACGCCAAAGAAAAGUACGCCAGACAAGAGCUUGAUAUGCUCUUCAAUAUGAUUCAAAAUGUUCAACAUACUGUCAACAUACCCAGGGACGGCCGCAUCCUAGCUGAAGACUUUGAGCGCGCACAAAAGUUGAAUGAGGACUAUCGGCAACAGUAUAUCAAUUUGGCCGCAGGUGGUCGUAAAACUCAGCUAAGAAAGGCAUGGCCAUUCGAUUCUCGGGACGAUAAAGAAGCACAAAACAAGGCCUCCAUUCCACGGGAGUCUUCCUUAGUGAAAAAGCAUCCCAGCAUCGGAAAAUCUCCAACGGUCGUUCGGAAGAUUAUUGUAGACUAG